GCGUGGGUUCGCCCGUGUGACACAAUUACAACAACUUUAAUCUGGUGGCAGAUAGAAGUUUGAACUUAUUUUUAAAAAACUGACCGUUGCAGUUGUGCAUGACUAGCCGCUCGUGCACAAACGUCUAUUUUCUGCAUUUCAAGCGUUGUUGUAAAAAUGUGAGAGGAGGGCCAAGUGGAGGAUAACUCGUUUCCAGAAGGAUUUAUAGCUGAAUUUCGCCAUAUUAGGAAAAAGUUUCUAAAAUCGCGUUGAUUUCGUGUCGCUUUUUGAGCUGCUGGAACUCGCCCUUCGCUCCCUCGGUGCGAUUCCAUGCAAUCGUGCCGAGUGUCGCUCGCCGUCGCUGCCUGCGCUGCUGCUCGAAGCCUCGGCGCUGCUGGUGAUGAGGAAAAGAAAAUGGCGGCGGGAAAAGCGAGUGAAACCGAGGAGGACUUUCCUAGGCUGACAGCGCAGGAGAGGGACAGUUUGGCUGGAAUUGACAGCUCACUGUUUGGAUUUCUGAGGCUUCAUGAAGAUGGCGCCAGAACGAAGGCCUUGCUGUUAAAGGCUGUUCGCUGCUAUGAUUCUCUAAUCCUGAAAGCUGAAGGAAAAGUCGAGCCCGAGUUAUUCUGUCAGCUGGGUCACUUCAACCUCUUGCUGGAGGAUUACCCAAAAGCAUUAUCAGCAUACCAGAGGUACUACAGUUUACAGUCAGACUACUGGAAGAAUGCUGCCUUUUUAUAUGGCCUUGGUAUGGUUUACUUCCAUUACAAUGCAUUUCAAUGGGCGAUUAAAGCAUUUCAGGAAGUGCUGUACAUUGACCCCGGAUUCUCUCGAGCUAAGGAGAUCCACCUGCGUCUCGGGCUGAUGUUUAAGGUGAACACAGACUACGAGUCAAGCUUAAAGCACUUUCAGCUGGCUUUGAUCGACUCAAACCACUGCACUUUGUCCAAAGCUGAAAUUCAGUUCCACAUUGCUCAUUUGUAUGAGAUACAGAAGAGAUACCGUGCAGCAAAGGAAGCUUAUGAAAGUCUGUUGAAGACAGAGAAUCUACCUGCACAGGUGAAAGCCGCUACUUUACAACAGCUUGGCUGGAUGCAUCAUACAGUGGAGCAGCUGGGAGACAGAGCCAAUAAGGACAGCUACGCUAUUCAGUGUCUGCAGAAAUCUCUUGAAGCAGAUCCCAACUCUGGCCAGUCGUGGUAUUUCCUUGGAAGGUGCUACUCGAGUAUUGGGAAAGUGCAGGAUGCAUUCAUUUCUUACAGGCAGUCCAUAGACAAAUCAGAAGCCAGUGCAGACACCUGGUGCUCCAUAGGGGUGCUGUAUCAGCAGCAGAAUCAGCCUAUGGAUGCUCUACAGGCAUACAUCUGUGCUGUGCAAUUGGACCACAGUCAUGCUGCAGCCUGGAUGGACCUAGGCACGCUCUAUGAGUCUUGUAACCAGCCACAGGACGCGGUUAAGUGCUACAUUAACGCCACACGCAGCAAGGGCUGCAGCAACACGGCGGCACUUACCGCCCGCAUCAAAUACUUGCAGGCUCAAUUGUGUAACCUUCAACACACUAGUCUACAGAGUAAAAGUAAAAUGCUUCCUAGUAUUGAGGAAGCAUGGAGCCUCCCAAUCCCCGCAGAGCUUACCUCAAGACAGGGCGUCCAGAACACAGCCCAGCAGGCGUGUAAACCCCACCCCAGUGCAGGAGGGGGUCUAACCGUGGCACAUGGCUCUGGGCAGUCCCUGCCCCCCCAUGUGAGUCCUCUUGGCCAUGGAGAAGACCAGUCCAGCCCAGCCAAGAGAAAAAGGACAUCCAGCCCUGCCAAGAGUUCUGCAGAGUGGGGCAGUAGCUCAGCACAACAGACUCCAAGUUGGUACUUGUCGCCUCAGAAACUACAGAUGUUGGAGCAGAUGCGGGCCAACAAGGCAAAUCUGAAGCCUGUGCAGAUGCAAAGGUUGGAGCAGCUGGAAGCACAGCUCUCAGCCAUGCAGUUGCACCAGCAACAGAUGAGACAAAAUACGUCUGGGCAGGUGCGGCCAACCCUCCCCAAUGGCCCAAUGGCUGGUCCUUCACUGCCUGUGCAGAUCCACUCCCGCGGCCCUGCAGUGCGCCCUCCCUGUACUGCUCAGCCGCUAGCCAAUGGGCCCUUCUCUGCCAGCCCCAGUUCAGGCCCCCGCACCGGCCCUCACCCACCCUCUGUCGGCAAUAAUCACAUGCCGGGAACGGGAACCAACGGAGACGUGCCUUACCUGCACCCUAACGCACUACCUCACAACUGCACAAGCCCGAGCGACACAUGGAAGAGCCAGCAUCUCAACACCACUCAGGGGCUUCAGAAAGGUUCGCAUUGGGCAGGUCCUAAUGGAGACCGGGCUCUCUCUUCCAGCGCUUCGGCUGACGGUGGCCCUCACAAUCAGGUUCGACAUUCUGCCACGACCCCUAUUGACCCCUCUGAGCCUGCUGUCAAUCACCUGUCCUCGCCCACCCCUUCCUCGGCCUCCUCUCCUGCUUCCUCGUCCGUACACACAGCUACCUCAGGUGCCCCCCUGACCAAAGAGAGUGACCACCCACAGGGCAACGGUUCCACUGCCGCUAACCACCAUAGCCCCAGCCACACCCCCACAUCCACCUCCACCUCUGGUUCGCCAGCCACCCACUCCUCAGACAAUCCACAGCUCUCUGCCCUACUGGCAGGUAAGGAGAGCCCCGCCACAGGCCCCAGGGUCAACCACAUCCACCCAGCUGUCACACUGCCUGCUCCAGGCAGCUCGGCCGCCUCCUCCCCAGCUUCAGCCCUUUCCACCACUUCCCCAUCACCCCGCGCCAAUGAGCUAAUGGCCAGCCUUAACAAGCCUGGCUCCACCACACCGGGACCCCCACCUGCUGUCACCGUUAACGGGAGUGGAGGAGGGGCUUGUUCCGAGGACUCUCAGAGCCCGUUAAAGGCUGAACCACCAGAGCUUUGUCUCAAACCAGCCCCUCCCCAUAGACCCUCUCACUCGUCGUCAACAGUGUCCAUCUAUCCAACGUCUUCAGACAUCCUCAAAGCCUGCAGAAACCUUGGGAAGAAUGGUCUGUCAAGCAGCAGCAUUCUCCUAGAUAAGUGCCCGCCACCCCGGCUUCCUCCUCCUCCAUCACCCCCACUGCCGAAGGACAAGCUCAACCCCCCCACCCCCAGCAUCUACCUGGAGAACAAGAGAGAUGCAUUCUUCCCCCCACUGCACCAGUUCUGCACCAACCCAUCCAACCCAGUUACCGUCAUCCGUGGCCUGGCAGGAGCUCUCAAACUGGACCUGGGUCUGUUUUCUACUAAAACUUUAGUAGAGGCGAACCCAGAGCACCUGGUGGAGGUACGUACGCAGUUGUGCCAGCCAGCCGACGAGAACUGGGAUGCCAGUGGCACAAGGAAGCAGUGGAGGUGUGAGAGUAGCCGCUCCCUUACCACUAUUGCCAAGUACGCCCAGUACCAGGCAGCAUCCUUCCAGGAGUCACUACGGGAAGAGAAUGAGAAAAAGGGCCAGAAGGAACUUUCAGACUCUGAGAUGUCUUCGUCAGAAAAUGUUGCAAGAAGAAGAAAAGGUCCUUUCAAGCAAAUAAAGUUUGGGACGAAUAUUGAUGUUUCAGAUGAGAAAAAGUGGAAGCUGCAGUUACAGGAGCUGAGCAAGUUGCCUGCGUUUGCUAGGGUGGUAUCUGCCGGGAACCUGCUUAGCCACGUUGGCCACACCAUCCUGGGCAUGAACACUGUCCAGCUCUUUAUGAAGGUCCCUGGCUGUAGAACACCUGGCCACCAAGAAAACAACAACUUCUGCUCAGUGAACAUCAACAUUGGGCCUGGGGACUGUGAGUGGUUUGCUGUGCCUGAGCCUUACUGGGGAGUGAUGAGUGAAUUCUGUGAAAAGAACAACAUCAAUUUCCUAAUGGGUUCAUGGUGGCCUAAUCUAGAGGACUUGUAUGAGGCCAAUGUGCCAGUAUACCGGUUUAUCCAGCGGCCCGGAGACCUGGUAUGGCUCAACACAGGCACAGUGCAUUGGGUCCAAGCCAUUGGCUGGUGCAAUAACAUCUCCUGGAAUGUGGGCCCAUUGACUGCACAUCAGUACAAGCUGGCUGUUGAACGCUACGAGUGGAACAAGCUCCAGAGCGUCAAGUCAGCAGUUCCCAUGGUGCAUCUUUCCUGGAACAUGGCAAGGAACAUUAAAGUGUCCGACCACAAGCUCUUUGAGAUGAUUAAGUUCUGCUUGUUGCGAACUCUGAAACAAUGUCAGACAGUAAAGGAGGCACUGGUGGCAUCAGGAAAGGAGACAAUUUGGCAUGGAAGGAGCAGGGAUGAACCUGCACGUUACUGCACCAUCUGUGAGGUAGAAGUUUUCAAUCUUCUGUUCGUAACGAGUGAAAGCUACUCCCGGAAGACGUUUGUGGUUCAUUGCCAGGACUGUGCACGCAAGGGCAGCAGUGACCUGGAUGGCUUUGUGGUGCUAGAACAGUACAGGAUGGAGGACCUCAUGCAGGUCUAUGACCAGUUCUCAUUAGCUCCUCCCCUGCAUUCAUCUUCAUCUUGACAUUAAGACUCUGUAGGUGUGGACAGUGUCACAUUACAGGAACUUUAUAAAAAUGGACCAUUUCUGAUAUUCAGGAAAGUCGAGGCAGUCUAGUGCAUGGCUGGUGACCAUGGCGACCGCCCAAGGCUGCCGGCUGAAGUGGCUGUGUGUGUCUAUGCAACCUGUUGAUAAACUGCAGCGCAUCAUGUCGGCCUACAGGGGGCGGUAGUGGAUGCACUUCCUCUCCCCAGACCUCUCCCUUCUAUGCGGCUCGGCUCUGCUUCUCUACAGAUGUUAAAUCAAAACAUGGGGGAGAAAAUUAUGGGAAAAAUGUUUUGUACAUAUUGUCUGUCACAACUGGCAUCGUCACUUAAAAGACUUGACUACUGACUUGAGACAUUCUCUGCCCCUCCCCACCCCCUUUUCCCCUUUUUUUCCUUUCGUUUUUUUGUAUUUUGUUAAUGGGCUGAUACAUGAUCCUUUUUCCUUGUGUCUCAAAGGUUGUCCUUUACAUGAGGGAGCACUAGCCUAGCUGGUCUUUUUGUAUGGUAGAUAGCAAUUUUACGACUUCUUUGGAUGGUAAAAUCUACAAAAAUAAGACAAAAAUGUAAAAAAAAAAACUUUGUAAUGUGAAGAUUUAGGUGAUAUAAUUUUUUACUGCUUUUAAGUUUUGUCUUGUUAUUUUGAAACCAUGAUGUUCGAUAUUUUUGUUUCUUAUGUAAGAAAAAGGAAAAAAAUGAGGAAGGAAAAAAAAACUUAACAGCCAAGUCACAAAGAAAAAUGGAUUGCACAUAGACUAAGGAAUAAAGUUUAAAUUGUGAUUCCCCUCCCCCCUUUGGUUGUUUCUAAUCUUGAUGUACAUUUACACUAUUUAUAAAUACAUAUUUAUUGCUUGAAGAUAUUUGUUGAUGGAAUGCUGUUAUUUUUCCCAGAGUACCUGCCAUUAAAUUUGAAGGAGUUUUGUCAUUUAAACUCUACUCCUGCAUUUUCUAUAUAGAAAUAAAACUGCUUAGCAAGCGUUGUACAGAAACCAUUAAAUUGUUUUAUUGUUUGAAGAAUGUUUUACAAGUUAUUAAAACAAGUUCACAACA